ACAAAAGAAGCCAAUUCCGCAAAUGUGGAACAGCCCAAGUGCUGGUGAAAGCACAACACAUUGACGAAAUUUUAUCCUCCGACUUUGUUUCGAUUCAUCAAACUGAAUGCUUCACUCUAGGCUGCAACACUCCUUAACAACACGGCGCAUCGAAACAGCAAACUUACCAUGACAAGAAUAGGAAAGGCUGAUAGUGUAAAAUCCGAAACGUCCUCACUGCCAGACGAUCGCACCAUGGACUAUGCGGUAGACAAUCCGGCCGAGGCAAAUUCCGACUGGACGGAUGAGGUGAUCGUGAAAUCGGAAGUCAUACUGCCGGCGGAACAAUUGUCGCCAUCGAAACGGUGCCGACUGUGUGAUAGUGCUGACCAUAUAUGGGUGCCUUGUUUUAGUUUGGGUGGAGGCGUUGAACUGACCCCGUCCCAUCUGGAGACCAUUACCCUAAUAUCGGAUAUCGUAAUCAGAUACGAGACGGACUUUUCGUCUGUCGUGUGCUCCUACUGCCUGCUAAAGAUUGAGGAAUUUACUGUGCUACGGGAUGUGUGGAAGAGUAAAGACAAAGAGCGGCACAAUUGGGACGAACCAUCGACAAAGCCGAAGCUACCGGAAAUUAGCAUUAAAGCUGCCGCCAUGACGGAUGCUAGCACACAAACUGACUCUUCUGACCAACUGAUAGCUGUAAGCAGUGCAGAAGUACCGGAAAGUGUCGCUGCCAGCAAAGAAGAAGGACCCGCAAAAGAAAAGGAAUCAACUCCAUCCUGUGCCACAGCUCACGGAUCACCGUCGACUUCAUGUAAAGAACAUGAAUCGCCAUUUGUUCGAGCUACAGAACAGGAACCAACACUGCCCUCGGCUUCAGAACAGGAAUUACCACCGGAUGCUGCUACAAAACAGGAAUCAACAUUGGCCUCGUCUACAGAACAAGAAGCGGAACCAGCCUUAGAAGCACAAGCUACACCUGCCCUAGUAUCAGCGUACGAACAGGACAUCAUCAUAAUCGAUGAUGCAGAUGAUCGUGAAGAAGAUGUGAUCGAUGUAGAACGGUAUUAUGCGUCCCGCUCGAAGAGACGACGCACCAGAAGUCCAACGAAGGACGAACUUAUUAGGGAAACGUUGCGGCUGGUAAAGCAACAGUAUCGACGGAAGCGACACCAGAAAAUACGCUAAACAAAUACGUUUCCCUUCGUUUAUUUUAUCAAUUUUGUAACAGUAGCAACAAACCUUAAAAUUAAACUAUUUAUGUAGAAUUAUUCUUGCUCGGUCGGAGGCGUAACUUCGAACAUUUUGCAGAACGUCUCAUCCUUCUCCACGAUAAUUUUGCGGAGCAGUUCGCUCGGUCGCAGCGGCGGUAGGCUCACCACUAGACGCCGGUUGCCCUGAUUUUCAUUUCCAUGGCUUUGUGACUUGAGCCUCAGUUUACGCGCGAUCCUGGAGAGAGAGAGAGAGAUGUGGAAGAAUUGAAAUAAAAAUGAAAACGCCAUCAUUGUAUUAAA